AAUGUGAUUCGUAGAAUCUAUUCAGUGGAUUGUAGCCAUCAGUUUCGAGACAGUGUAAAAAUUACUUUCUCUGACAUUGCGGCGAGCAAGUUUUUCCAGUUUCACCGAAGACAUUUCGCAACAUCAUCAGCAUUUUGCUCGAGAGUGUGUGGCAUGCAGUCCGUGUAUAAUCCUGUGUUUGCCUGGGACUCGCUUUUUUCUGUAGAUAACCGAUUUGUAAAAUUUCGCAGUGUUAAAGAAUUUUGAAACUUCUCGACGGUGUGUGAUCUCAUAUUGUACGGAGAAGACCCCGUGAGAAGAAGAUAAGCCAACUAAUUAAAAUGGCCAAGGACGAAGAGGAUGAUCUGCUGCCGGAUAAGGAUGCGGCCAAGGGUUUUUAUGCCAAGUACGAGCCAAAGGAGAUCCUCGGAAGAGGCAUCAGCUCAACCGUACGACGAUGCAUCGAGAAGGAAACGGGCAAGGAGUUUGCGGCGAAAAUUAUCGAUCUCGGCGCGGUUGAAUCCGGCGAUUCAAAUCAUAUGCUCGAGGCCACCCGGCAAGAGAUUCAUAUCCUCCGACAAGUCAUGGGACACAAGUAUAUCAUUGAGUUGCAGGAUGUGUUCGAAUCAGAUGCCUUCAUUUUCCUGGUCUUCGAGUUAUGCCGGCAGGGCGAACUGUUCGACUAUUUGACGUCGGUGGUGACGCUGUCCGAGAAAAAGUCGCGAUAUAUUAUGAGACAAAUAUUCGAAGGCGUUGACUAUAUCCACUCGAGGAACAUCGUGCACCGUGAUCUGAAGCCGGAGAACAUUCUACUGGAUGACAGUCUGAACGUCAAGAUCACCGAUUUUGGAUUCGCGCGGAAGCUCAAGGAUGGCGAGAAGCUGUUUGAUUUGUGCGGCACACCUGGUUACUUAGCUCCGGAAACGCUGAAAUGCAACAUGUUUGAAGAUGCGCCUGGAUACUCGAAAGAAGUCGAUAUUUGGGCCUGUGGUGUCAUCAUGUUCACACUGCUAGUCGGUUGUCCACCGUUCUGGAAUCGGAAGCAGAUGGUCAUGUUGCGGAACAUUAUGGAGGGCAAGUACAGCUUUACUUCGCCGGAGUGGGCUGAUAUUUCUGAGGACCCCAAGGAUCUGAUCCGCAAGUGCCUGGUGGUGGACCCGGUGAAGCGUAUCACCGUCACCGAGGCCCUGCAGCAUCCGUUCUUCAAUACAGUACUUUUCGAGCAAGAUAUCGGCCCGUUGAAGCGCAGCCUAUCGGCCAAGUCUAGACGCUUGAGUCGUAUCGCCGACCUGGCACUGAACGUGACGGAAAAAUUACGCAAGCAAAGUCAGUUUAACGCUAGGAAAAAGUUUCAAUUCGCUAUAUUAUGUGUUAGAGCUGUGGUUAGAAUAAAGAGGCUGCGAUACACACCGGAACCAUUGCGGGCCGAGGACGCCCUCAGGGACCCCUACCGCAUCAAGGUGUUGCGAAAGGUCAUCGACGGCUGCGCAUUUCGGGUGUAUGGCCACUGGGUCAAGAAGGGCGAGGGCCAGAAUCGGGCUGCCCUGUUCGAGAAUACGCCUCGAUCUGAGAUUUACAAUCUUUAUAUCAACAGCCUUACUCGAUAAGCUGUGAUCGGAGUGAGUUGGAGGGCGAAACAAAACAAAGCUAACAAUAGUGGCGCGAAGGAGCAUGGAACGGAUUCUGCAAUGGAGCCUUCGCUACAGGUGGAUGACAGAUGAGGAUGCCUGGAGAUGAGGAACAGUUAUAGUUUGGCACUUUAUAUUGCACUGUGAACUACCACCGGAAGUACCUUCAACGAGUGCUUUCCUUCAUCGUGUGUGUUUGUGUGUGCGUGUAAGUAUGUGAAGUUUUGCAACCUUUUGCACUGAAAGAUCGAACGAGCAGGCUUUUGAGAGAAGUGAAUCCGAGGUUAUUAGUAAAGAAUGGUUUUUGCCAGUAGUUUGUAAUAUUAGUUAAGAAAAUCAUUAUCGUUUUGUUUAUUCUGUAUUUUGCUUCACGUUUGAGUAACAUUUACAUCGUCAUUUAGUUGGUAAGGCAGCAAGACAUUACAGCGUUAAUCCUAGAAAAAAAAAUGAAAAAAAUUAUUGAGUGGCGAUAUUCUGUUCUUAUAAAUUGGAUAUUAUUUACCGUUAAUCAUAGUUUUCUAGGUUAUGUAGAAUUCAAGAAGCUAAACGGAAAGCAAUGCUAGGAGGUGGUGAAAUUAACAAAGGAUGUGUGAUUUUCACAUUACUAGCACUAAGAUGAAAUAAUCCUGUAGCAAUGAGUCGUAAUAAUAAAAUAUACCUUGAAUUGAUGUUUGCAAAGGAGCAUUACAACCUGAUAA